AUGGCUAUGAAUCAUGUCAACCUUGCAAAACUCGAAUUUGUUGCUCUUGAUAUUACUGGAAACAACUAUCUGUCUUGGGUGUUAGAUGCUGAAAUACAUUUAGAUGCAAAGGGACUUGGUGAUACUAUUAAAGAAAACAAUACUGCAACAAGCCAAGAUAAGGCUAAAGCUAUGAUAUUCCUUCGCCAUCACCUCCAUGAAGGCCUUAAGACUGAGUACUUGACUGUUAAAGACCCACAAGUCCUUUGGAGUAAUAUAAAGGAAAGGUAUGACCACCAGAAAACUGUGAUAUUACCAAAGACACAAUACCGUGAAAAGGGUUUUACAAAAUAUUCUGAAUUGAUAUCUUGUCUCCUUGUGGCUGAGCAAAAUAAUGAACUAUUAAUGAAAAAUCAUGAAUCACGCUCAACUAGCUCUACUCCAUUCCCUGAAACGAAUGCGACAUCCCAUGGAAAGAGCAAAAGGCUAGAGAUCACGCCAGCAGUCGUGGUCGCGGCCGCAGACGUCGACAUGAUCGUGGUCGAGGUGGUCAUAUUAGAAACUCAUACUCUCACCAGAAGUGGGAGAAUAAAGAUGGAAAAUAAGAAUGAGAAGGACAAAUAUGAAAAUAUAUGCUACCGUUGUGAAGGAAAAGGCCAUUGGUCUCGUGUGUGUCGUACACCAAAAUAUCUACUAGACCUUUAUCAACAAUCAAUCAAACAGAAAGGAAAGAAAGUGGAAACAAAUUUGGUGUACGAGGAUGGCGAAGGUGAUUUUGAUUACGGUGAUAAAACUCACCUGGAAGCAGCUGAUUUCUUUCCUAAUUCUGAAGAAAAUAACUGA